GUCCAUGACGUACAAUGACGUGACUUCCUGAAUGGACCAAUGAGUACGGAGUUUUUCCGAGGUUUUCCGCUUUCUGCCGAAGUACUUGACAGAUCCCGACAACUUCAGAUUGAGAAGAGUCAAGAUGGCUGCAACAGAUUUAAAAUAAAAAGGCAACUCUUUUGAGCCCCGUUUUGCAAGAAGCUGUUUACAGUUAGCAGCAUCACAACUACUAGCAGUACUUUUCCCACUAUGUCGUCCACCUCCUCCUGUUACUCCUCCUCGGGAGAGACCAGUCCAGAAGAUGUACCUCGAGGUGGAGGCACCAUCAGAGUCUACCUCCCUAACAAACAGAGAACAGUGGUGAAUGUUCGUCAGGGACAGACAGUUAGUGAGAGUCUGGACAAAGCUCUUAAAGUCAGAGGCCUGAGCCAGGACUGCUGUGCUGUCUACCGUCUCCUUGAAGGUCGUAAGAGACUGACAGACUGGGAAACAGACAUCACUCCUCUAGUUGGAGAGGAGCUCAUAGUCGAGGUCCUGGAUGAUAUUCCUCUCACCAUGCACAAUUUUGUACGUAAAACCUUCUUCAAGCUAGCUUACUGUGAUUUUUGCCACAAGUUUCUUUUCAAUGGCUUCAGAUGUCAGACGUGUGGCUACAAGUUUCAUCAACACUGUAGUAGUAAAGUCCCCACUGUAUGCGUUGACAUGGAUACUGUGAGCAAACGGCGCAAUUCUAAUCUCUGGACAGGUGAAUACCCACAAAUACUGUUGCCAGAAAAUUCCCCAUCAAACAGCAACCUAGCCUUAACCCUAGAGCCUGCUGACAUGGACCUUCUUUCCCCCACAUCAGCCUUUCACUUCCCCAUCCCAGCUGGAGACGGUCAGUCAUUACAGAGACAUCGAUCUACAUCCACUCCCAAUGUUCACAUGGUCAGCACAGUGGGUCCAGCUGGUGCCAGCAUCAUAGAGGACGCACUAAAAUUUAACAACACAACAGGUCCGGAACCUUCCCCCAAACUCUCCACCAGCCCCCCCACUUCUCUCGGCUCACCAGGUAGAAAGCCACCAAAGUCACCUUCUGAACACAAGGAAAGGAAGCCAUCUUCAUCUGAUGACAAAAAGAAAGUGCACCGAGGAGGCUACAGAGACUCCAGUUACUACUGGGAGGUCCACUCUCGAGAAGUCACCAUUCUGAAAAGGAUUGGCGCUGGAUCCUUUGGAACAGUCUAUAAGGGCAAGUGGCACGGUGAUGUUGCCAUCAAGAUCCUUAAGGUGACAGAGCCAACACCUGAGCAGUUACAGGCCUUCAAAAAUGAGAUGCAGGUUUUAAGGAAGACCCGUCACGUCAACAUCCUGCUAUUCAUGGGCUACAUGACUAAGCCCAACUUCGCCAUCAUUACACAGUGGUGUGAAGGCAGCAGCCUGUACCGCCACCUGCACGUUAAAGAGACCAAGUUUGAGACAAUGACACGCAUCGAUGUAGCCAGACAGACAGCACAGGGCAUGGAUUAUCUUCAUGCCAAGAACAUCAUUCACCGAGAUCUAAAAUCCAAUAACAUUUUUCUCCAUGAAGGCUGGACUGUAAAGAUCGGUGACUUUGGCUUAGCCACAGUGAAGUCUCGGUGGAGCGGUUCUCAACAGGUGGAGCAGCCAAGUGGCUCCAUCCUCUGGAUGGCCCCAGAGGUGAUCCGGAUGCAGGACAGUAACCCCUACACUUUCCAGUCAGACGUAUACGGCUAUGGGAUAGUGCUGUUUGAGUUGAUGUCAGGGACACUGCCUUACUCCAAUAUUAACAACAGAGAUCAGAUAAUCUUUAUGGUUGGACGAGGCUACCUGUCUCCAGACCUCAGUAAACUCUAUAGUACCUUACCCAAAUCAAUGAAAAGGCUAAUUAUUGACUGCCUAAAGUCAAAACGAGAUGAGAGGCCUCUGUUUCCUCAGAUCUUGGUGUCCAUUGAGCAGGUGCAAGACUUGCUGCCAAAAAUCGAGCGGAGUCGUUCGGAGCCGUCGCUGCACCGGGCCGUCAACGCAGAGGACCUGAAUCCCCUUCUUUUCCACACCACAAGGCUGAUGCCCCUGUGAGAAAAGCCUGCAGCUGCGUUCACCGGUCCAACUCCACGUGAUUCCUGUGCCUCAACCAGGCCACAUUUCAAGAAAAGACCAACAUCAACCCUCCUGCAGGAAAACUCUUUAUUUUUAAUGAGAAGGUAUGUCUUGAUUUUAUUUGAGUCACAAAAUUCACAUCCUGCUGGAAAGUCUAUAAUGUUGGUGUAAUCAAAUCACCAAAAAGUUUUAUGUUGUGAUCCAAAAGACAGCACUAAGGUAAAUGCUUUUAAAUGUUGUAAUCUGUUAAACUCAGCCAUAAUGCCUGUUGUUCCAGGUCACCUGAUAAGCUCACAUACUUUAGAUGCUCAGUGCAGUCAUGUGCUUCUUUCAAUGUAUAACAAUAUCGGUGAGACCCAUCUGCUGUGGUAGAAACAUAUCCUAAGUCACUGUGUUCACUAUUUAGUCUUAAACUUCAUUAAUAGUGGAUAAUUCAGCUUUUUUUUCUUUCACUGACCACCAGGUGCUGUCUUUUAAGAUAAUCUCGUUUGUGGCACUAGUAGGAGGGGCUAAUAUUCAGAAAGCUGUUCUGUCUUUACUUAGAACAAUCAUAAUUCAGUGUGUGUUCUGCUUUCAGUUCACAGACUUUCUAUUUGAUAAACUUUGUGAAUGUACUCCUCUUUACCACAUUCAGUUUGUGUUGAUAAUAUCUCCUAUAUUUAACAUUCUUACAUUGUUAAAACUAGGGGCUGGGUACCCUGACAAAUCUAUUUUAACUUAUGCUGGUGUUUUGUGGUUUUGUUGGUGGUCCUGGUAUAGGUGUCCGUUGCAGGAGUUUGUUACAGUGAAUGUUUUCGGAGCAGUGAGAGUGAAACCUUCCUCUGUCUUUGUCUUAUUUAUUAAUAUUCGCUGUGUUGGAGCUGCUCAAACGUGAAGAAAGACUGAAAGGUUCUUUUUCACGGUACUUUCUGUUCCAUUGGAUCACUCUUUACCCUCAUACCUUUUCACUGCAGGGCUCAGCUCAUCUAUUCAAAUACCUAAAGCACAAAUGGACACAGCAAACAUUUAAAGACAGGGUUUCUUAUUCAUACUGUAACGUUAUGUGUAUAACACAUUAAAACCAAAAAUAUCUAAGUAUGCCUUACUGAAUAAAAAGGAAGACAAGCUGUCUAAGCAAUAACAACAACAUAUUGUUUUUUUAAAGGCCCAGUGUGUCAGAAUGAGUGAGUGUAGUGAACUCUUAGCCUAAAUCCUUCACUUAGAACACACAGAUGAUGUGCGCUCAAUGGCACAGCCGUCCAUAUUCAGACCAUGUCAGUCUGGUGCAGUCCUCAAAUGGAACAUUAACGACUGAAGUCUUGUCUCUGUGUAUUUUACAUUAAAACGUAAAACACGAGAGUUUGAGCCAAUUGGAUUCAAACUUUACAAUAGGCAAUUCAACAGAGACCACCUCCUCAGCUGUUGUACCCUUACCCAUAAUAUCAGAGACCUCCUCCUCAGCUAGCACUGUGGACAUACAUUAAGACCAAGUAUUGUUUUUUGAUGCCUCUGCUUUUUAUUCUCUCCAAAUUUGUUCACUCAGUCGAAGGGAAUUCAGACCAAUUUUUAAAGAUUAAGAUGAUUUUAAAACUUAAACCAAUUUUUUUAGUUUUAAAGCAACUACUGUUUUUUCCAGAUACUUGAUCCAUACUUUGCCAUUUACUCUUCGGAAUGUUAAAUACUGGGCCUUUAAAACAAAACAAAUAAAAAUAAAGCGACAUCAGGAUCCUUUCUAAUAAUGUCAUAACAGAUUGUUUAAUGUGUGUUUCUUGAGCCCACUCAGACAGUACACAUUACAGUUUAGCCACCUAAUAUUUUGAAAUGGUUAAUUUGACUUUUAAUGUGGACCGUUUUAUCUAGUGUGCUGAGAGAUUCCUUCAGACACCUGUAGGGGGCAACGGAGGAGGGAAAAUCAGUCUUAAUACAGUAGUUUGUCUAUUAGGAGAUGAUGGCGUUUAAAGACGAUGAUGCUGUAACAGUUGUAUUUUGUUUGUCUCUUUUGAUAUCCUUAGGUGAAUUGAAAAACGUGUUAAUAGUUUCAGAGGUGUCAGGGUUUUUGUUUGCAAUAAAUGUUUCAUUCUGCUGUGUACAGUUAAAUUUUUUUAUUACCAACAUUUUACUUGUUUCUAUUUUGUGUGUGAUGGUUUAAAAAAGAACAAAAUUAUUUUAAAAGUGUAAAGGAAAUCUUAGUAUUUUUUAGUUUUUUUUUUGUCUUAAAAUGUUGAUGCAGGUUUUAUUCUUUAAAUAAAUUAAAUUUUCCUCCAUGUGUGCUGUUGGUUUUUAAAUUUGGUUUGUCCUGUUGUUUUGUUUUAAUGCUCAAAAUUAUUGUAAAUGAAGAAAAUAAUCAUUUCAAUAAUUUCAACAAAAGCAGUUUUAAAAGUAGUUAGAUUUAAAAUCACUGCUUAUCUAGAUAUACAGGGCUAAAAGUUAGCCAGGAACUGGCAAGGCAAAUGACCAACAUAACAUGAUAUAGUUGCAAAGUGUAAUGUGGAACAUAUUAGUAUGAGUGGGUGAUGUGUGUUUCAGGAAGUGUGUGACGAUUGCAGGGCGGGGUUGAAAGAGGAAGUGGUUAAAUUGUUAAAUGUACAGCUGCAGCAGAGGCGAUAGGUGAAGGCUUUCACUUGCGACGACAGAGAACGGUUCUACAAUGAACAGGAGGACGAGUCACCGCAUGAGAUUAAAAACAACUGUGCAGAACAGUCUUUAUUAGAGCAGUUUCAAAAUAGAAGCGUAUGCGAGAACACGGGAGUAUUAAGGGCUGAAUGUUUUAAACCAGUGUUUCCCAACCUUUUUUGAGCCACGGUACAUAUAUAUCAUCAGGGCAAACCCCACAGCACACCACCAAACAAAAAUCGAACAAAAAAUAUAUAUAAUGAAA